AUGCUUGGAAGAAAUCCAAAUGUGACAUUUCAGGUUAGUGUUUUCUGUUUUAUUGUUGCUAUUUUCAUUCUUCCAGGUUCAAACCUAUUACAAUGAAAAAGUGAACAAUAGAAAAACUCGUGUGAGCAAAACAGUUUACCGUGUUGCAAAAGUAGUUCAGAGUAUAUUAAAAGAAGUCGAAGAACAAGAACCAAGAUUCGUUUCAACAAUCAGUGAUGUAAAUGGACGAUUCGAGGGAGUAAGGACUUUUUUGAGAUCUCUUUUAAAGUAUUUUUCUUUAUAGAUUACAGUCCAUUCUCCACAUGAAUACGAAGCUGUUUUAUAUCUCAAUCAAAUGGGAGUUUUCAAUUUUGUAGACGAUGGUUCAAUUCAAGGUUGUGCUGUUUUGAAGUUAAGCGAUGGACGAAAACGUUCAAUGUCUCUUUGGGUCGAAUUCAUUACUGCUAGUGGCUAUUUAUCAGCUAGAAAAAUUCGAAAUCGAUUUCAAAGUAUAGUGGCACAAGUUAUCGAAAAACCUGCCUAUCGGUAAGCUAAAACUCAUAAAGAUCUCCAAUAAAUCAAUAAAUAUUUCAGAGACUACUGUAAACUUCUAACAGACAAUUCCGAUGUUCGAAUUCGUGUUGACGACAAAUUCACAGUUCAAAUAACAUGUGCAUUUCGAUGUAACGGAAUUUGGCCACGAUCAGCUAGUCAUUGGCCAUUGGCUGGAAUUCCUUGGCCAAAUUCUGUGGUAGCAAAUCAAGUAAAAGGUGAAGGAUUCGAUUUGACAAGUCGAGAAACAUCAAUUACCCAACAAAAUAAUCCGAAUAAACAAGCAAGUACAAUGGAAGCCGAUGCAUGGGCAAUGAAAAUGACGGGAGCCGAAAAUUGCCUAUUAGGUUAGUUAUAGUUUAAAAACAAAUCAAAUCGAAUAUGUUGUUUCAGUGGGAGGCCGCCGUAAAACAUUGAGUAUUCUAAAAUCUUUGAGAGAUUCUCAUUUGGAUUUUCCUGGAACACCAAUCACAAAUUAUAUAUUGAAAACUCUGGUUUUAUACGAAUGUGAGAAGCAUUUUUCAGAUUAUGAAUGGGAAGAUAAUGCAAUUGGAGAUCGAAUCAUCGGUUAGUUUGAAAAUAUUUUACUACCCAAAAAUUAAUUAUUUUUCUAAAUUCCUCUAAUAAAAAGAAUAACUAAUAUAUUGUUCAUUAUAAAGUAGUCCAUUUUUCGAUGCUCUCUGCGUGUCACAAGAAAAAUGAAUUUUCUUGCAUUCCUAAUGAUUUUUGCCUCGCGCCUUCAUAGUCAUUUUUUCAUGGCUGUUGGCAUCCAAAUAAAAAAGUAUAUAUAAAGAGAGAAGAAGGCAGGAGAGAGGGCAGAAGAAACUGUCAACUCAAAUAAGUCGAUCAUCAUUUUGACAUAUGGAAUUGACAACCGAAGAAAUAUAGAGAAUGUUGUUAACAGCAAAUAUUUUCGCGCGUGAUCUUUUCAAAAAGUUAUUGAUGGAAAACUAAUUCUGGAAAUAAUCAGCACUUACAUUUAAGGAAAACGUUUUCAAAAAAACCGUAGCAUAGUUUUGGCUUUUCAAGACUUCAGAGUAAAAAUGGGAAUUAUCUUUAGAAGACAAAAAAUACUCUAAAACUCGGAAUUUUAGAAGAAAAGACUACGUUGACACGUCAUAACACUGGCAAAUUCAGAUCCUGAAAUUUCAGGGCGGAAACUUUCCCAUAGGCCAAAUUUUAGCAGGAAAUAUUUCAAAAAAUCCGAUGAUUUCAGGAUUUUUUCUAGGCCAGAUUUCUGAAUGAGCUAUGACGUCAUAAGUCUUCUCAUGAAAAUGUUGAAUAAAAUUUGAAGGAUUUUUUGCUCAUAAAUUUAGGAUUUUUGAAUUCUCUAUUCCAGCUCAAAUUUUGUAGCAUAGUCCCUGAAAAUGCUCAGAAUUCCACGUGAAUUCCUAAAUUCCUAGUUUAAUCUAAAAAAAAUGUGUUCAGUAAUUUCUGUUUAUUAUCCACCUAUUUCUACCAAAUCCCAUUCUCAUCCCAAUUUUAGGUGUUCUCCUUCAACUUGUUUCAUGUCUUCAAUGCCGCCGUUGUGCUCAUUAUUUUCUACCCCAACUCGAUUUACUUCGUUCAAAACCCUCACAUGCUCUUGAGCACAGUUCAAAACAAGCAUGGGGUUUGGUUCGAAAAUUAAUGAUUGAUCCAUUAGCUCUUCAAUCCCUCUAA